AUUGGCAAAAACGAGAGAAUGGAGUGCAGCUAUUGGAUAAAAAUGACAAAGCCUGCCCACCUGGCGGCUUCUCUCACGCUGUUUACUUCCGCUCUACAGAAACGGGCAAAGCGAAGGGCCUCUAUUGGCUGCGGCGUGCGCGGGGGGCGGGCUCGCACGGCUUCGUAGAUGCCGCAGACUAGCUAGGCAAAGGUUCGCUCAGGUGUCCGAGGCAGGAGGUGUGAGAUACGCGCGGGCGCGCGAGCGAGCGAGCAAUGUGGCCGUUUCUGCUACUGCUUCUUCCGUUGGUGGGGGUCUCCGGGGUGGUUCAAAUCCCUCCGCACGAGGACGUGGCUCGGGUCGCGCGCUUCGUGGCGCACUCGUGCGAUUGGGGCGCGCUGGCCACGCUCUCCGCGCAAGACCCGCCGAUGCGGGGCCAGCCUUUCUCCAACGUCUUCUCCGUCAGUGACGGGCCGCUGGGGUCGAAGCAAGGCAGCGGGGUGCCUUACAUGUACCUGACGCCGCUGGAGGUCUCCGUGCAAGAUUUGCAGGUGAGGGGACGGGCAUUUCAGUUAUUCUGAGAUGAGGGAGGACCUCGCGACACAGCAGCAGCAACUGUCUGAGGCUGGCUGUAGUUAUUCAGUGUCCUGAAAUGUACUCUGCGCGUGUUCAGAGGCACUGUCGCAGGGCUGAGCUUCGUUACUGAAACAAAGUUCCGAAGCUGAGGCCUGGUGAGUUCUAAAUCAAGUUUAGUCUUGUGUGUACUUCAUCAUUAUUAAUUACAAUAUGCAUGUACAAUUGUGUUAUGUAUAUAUAAAGUGCCUUAAGAGGGCAUUUGGUUUUUUUCUUUAAAAAAAUCCAUAAAAUUUCAAUUAUUUCAAUAUAUAGUGACAUAAAUUAUUUCUCCAUUUUAUCCCAUUCAUUCUGAGGAGGAUUCUUUGUUCCUCAUUUCAGCAACAGUUUUGUGAGGUAGGUUAGGCCAAGGUUUUUGAUUGUCUUGGUGUCUCCCAGCAAGCCGUAUGACUCUGCGCAGGGAUCUGAAUGUGAGUCUUCAGGGCCAAAUAAAGUGUAACAUGAAAAGGGUCUCCUACAUUAAUAAGUUUGAGAGGGUGGGAUAAAUGAAAAUCCUGGAGUUAGGGGAGGUUUUUAGUCUUUUCCCUGAGCCAUCGCACCCUCUUCCGCAACUGCUGUUUGUCUUUCAGGGCAAAACAUACAGUUAUUGCUUAUCAUAUAGGUGCCAGUAUGUUUGCCCUGUGUAAUAACAACAGCGCUUAGAGACAAUUUUGGUAAAAAAUAAAAAAUGGUGCUUACCCAUUCCAAAACUCCUGCCCUGUCCGGGUAAUUCUAUGAAAAUGUCAACAUACAAAUAUUUUUUUUCAUUUAUAGUUAGCAUGUUCUAUAUUUUUCUAAAGAACCUUGUCAGGAUUUGCUUUGUGGGCCAAAUUUGACAUAUGGGUGGGGCAACCAUGGUUUAGCAAGCUCACCUUGGUUUCAACAUCCCAGCUUGUGGCCAGUCCUGAGCUAUAGCUUAAGAUCUAAACUGUAGGUCAGGAGCAGGGAACCUUCUACAUCCUGAGGGCCACAUUCAGUUCUGGGUAUCAUUCUGGGGCAUACAUGUCAGUGGUAGGGCAAGAGGCAACUGGGUGGAAGCAAUGAAUGUAAAUGUUACGUUUGUACAGUAGUUUAGUUUCUACACAUAUGCUUGCACAUCCCUCUCUUAACCUCCAUCCAGAAAAGAAAGAAGUAUUAUCAGAGUUCAAGGACACAUUCCAUCUAGGGAAAAACACUCAGAAGUUGACUGGGGCUGAUAGGAAUUGUAGUUCAACAACAUCUGGAAGGCACCAGGUUCCAACAAAUGGGGGGAUCAACAAACUGUGACUGCAUCCUGGUAAGACACAGAGACAGUGGUGGAUCCCAGGUUGAAGUUGGGGAGUUCAGUUCUGGACAGGAAGGAACAGGUGCAUGGUUUGGGGGUACUUUUAAAUCCAUCUUUGUCACUGUAGGCUCAGGUGACUUUUGUGGCAAGAAGCACCCAUUAUCAGCUUAGACUGGUGGUCAGGGAUAGCUUAGCCACUGUGAUUCAUGUGUUGGUAACCUCACAAUUAGGUAAACCCUGCAGUCAACUCAAUGAAGGUGUGAAGCAUUGAGGCGUGUGGCUUGGGGAGAAUCCUGUGGGCCAGAUAGAAAGAGCUGGAGGGCUGCAUUGGACCCCCAGUCCCAAUAUUGCUCACCCCAGCUUUAGUUAAUAAAAUGUUACACUUAAUCAUGCUUUGCUUUACUUAGAUGUGGUGAAUAACUAUGUCUCCAUAUGCUUACUCUUCACAGUUGUUUCAAUUUUGCAGUAAGGUUAUUAGUAUAGUUUCCUAAUACAUGUAUGCAAUUGAUGACAUAGAAAAAUACUGAUCUAAUUGAAGCUUGGUAAGCAUUGUUAUGAACGGAAGGAUUAUUAACCUCUUUGCCUUUCCUUCUAAAGAAUGCAGGAAGUUUAGCACAGCCUUAAUCUGUAUGUUGCGAAACUUGCAUUCAAUUGAUGGAAACCAACUAAUGGAUAUGUAACCAAAUAAGAUGAAUACAAACUGCCAUGGAAAGCUGAGUAGGGAAGUCUGUUGUAUAAGGAUGAGAAGACGAUCUGUAAAUAUAAAUUGAGGAAAAUACAUAAACAAUAAAUAAAUAAGAAUCAAUUGAUGGAAAUCUUCAUACUCUUUGGGGAGGAGAUUGAGUAUACCUGCAGUGUGAAAAGACUGAGGAGCAAACACCGCACAGCUAUUGCAAUGGUUUUGUAAUCUGAGAAUCUUUACAUUUUUCAAACAUUUUAGUUGGCUUGUGGUAGAAAUAAGACUAGCAAUAUAUUUCUUGGAAUCUAUUAAAUUUACUUUGUCCACUUCAGGUACAUUUGAAAAACAUAUUUUGCACACAGAGAAUUGUGACAUGAUUUGCAGGGAUUGAUUUGUAAAUAAACCUACUGAUGAACAAACCCAUCUUCAGGGGGUCUUAUUUAAUUUGAGCAGCUCAAAUGAGGCGGAGGUCAUUUGACUGGUCCACGAGCUGCCCCUGAAGCAAGAUGCCUGCUUGCGCACUGCACUAAACCAGUGUGGUGUGGGGACUUGCUUCUGCGGUGCUGAAAAUAGUGUCUGCGCAUGCGCAGAUGCUGAAAAUCGCAGGCACGUGCUCUCACACACAUGCACAAUCCAGCCCACAAAGGGAUCUCCAUGGGACCAAUCCAGCCCAGCCAAGAUAAACCUUGCCAACCCCUGAUCUAGUUUAUAUGGUUCAAUGAGUUUUUGCUACCUCCUUUAGAAACCCCAAGUGAAUGUCUUCAGGUCUUCUAAGCUUUGAUUAUUAUUUAUCUUGUUAGACUUCUCUGUUGAACUAUCUGUUGUUGUGGUGGUGGUUGGCUAUAACAUGCCAGUUUUGUCUCUUUGCUCCCACACACCCCAAUUUCCCAUUUUGCCUAACAUCCAGUGUGAUGAAGAGUUUGGAGAACUUGAUUUUGCUUGGUAUGAAUAAAAGUAUUGGCCUACCUAUAAUUCAUGAAUAUUGCAUGUUGAUUCUGAUAUUUCAGAGUGGAUUUCACUUGUAUGCUGUGAAAAUAGUCAACUGCAAUGUCACAAAACUCUCCGACUUAGCAUUGCUUCCCAAAAUCUUGAUAUGGUUUAAUGGACAAUUCUGUUAAGCUUACUCAAUAGCUUAUUUCUUUUCAGAAAGUGGAAGCAAUAUCUCAACAAGUGCUGCCAUCUCUUAUCUCUUGUAACAUACAGUACAGCUGUUUGGACUGCCUUCAGUCAUAUGGAGACAUCUGCUUACAGAUAACACUCCCAGUGUAACCAUGAUUCAGCUGUUUCUUGACUGUUUUUCUCCUGUCACUACCAUUGGUUUAUAUUGUGCAAAUAAAUGCCAAAUGUGUGGUUUUUAGGCUUAAAAUCAUGUGCUGCUGAAACUUCACUUUUUUUGGCUGAAAAAUGAAUUUCCCAAGAGGUCACUGACAGCUUUACAGCUUUGUGCCUGUUAAAAGGAGAAGCAGAUUUCAACAUUGUGUGACUUUUACAAUUUCACUAUGACCAUGACCCUUGAAUUGCAAAGAAAAUGAAACUCAUCCAGACACACAGUAUCUCUUAUUCUAGCAUGGAAAUGCUGAGCAAGUAUGCAGAUCAGUUUGUUUUAAAUGUGCUAACCUAUUCAGCAAAUCUAGAACGUUUAUGUUUGUUUGUUUUUUGCCACUUGUAUUGCAGGUAAAUGCCAAUGCCUCCCUAACAAUGUCCUUGGCCCAGACACCUUACUGCAAGAAGGAAGGUUAUGAUCCUCAGAAUCCACUGUGUGCCCAUGUGAUCUUCUCUGGAAUAGUUGAAAAGGUACACUGUGAUAUUUGGGCAUACCAGAAGAAUAUAAUGCUCACUGGCUGAAAGCUAGAAAGCAAGUUUCAUAACACUGAUGAUAUAUGCCUCUGAAAUAUACUUAUUUUGAAGUUACCUUCCAUGCAUUCAAAUAGUUUAUGAAAGGGGAGCAGAGCUGUGUGUGCUGGACGUGUGUCGAAAAUCCCUGUUUUAGCAUGUUCUAUCCCAAAAUUGUUGCACAUUCCCAGGUGUGAAGCGGGAACCAAAUGCUUAUAUGUUUCUCCAUGCAGUCAGGAACACCAGUUGUGUAGGGCUCCAAAUCACAUGAAGUGGUCAGCACACAUUCAUCUAAAACUGUUCUGGGUGGUUUCCACAACCCUUCAGAAAAGAUUUGGGGUCGACAAGGGGGUGCACAUGGAGAUGAGACAGAAUGAAAGUUCCAUUUCGCAGCCUGAAGUCUUUGAGCUAACAGAAAUACUUUGUUGGAUACUUCCCUAUGUGUACUUACAUGUCAUUAAUCCUGUUGAACUCAGUGGGACUUAGGUUGAGUAGAAUGCACAGAAUUGCAUUGUUAGGCAAAAUCAAAGAGCUGUAACUUUCUUGAAGAAACCCCAUGUGUUUUCUUGUUCCAUGUAUUUUGGGUGUGUUGAAAAAUUAGGAAGUAUUGUGUGAGCUUUAUAAUACCUGACUAACUUCACACAAAUAGCAUGUCAGAGUAUAUGGGUCAAGUAGUCAUGAAAACAUCUUAGUUUGGAUCCAGAGGAAGUUAGUCAUACUUUUAUCUCAUUGAUUUCAGAGGAACUGAAAUGUGACUAACUUCCUCUGACUCCAACCCUGAGUAUACCUUGAAUAAUGUUUACAUGUGCACUCUUCUCUCCCUUUUUCUUGCAUCUUGAGAUAGUUUGAAAGAAAGUACAAGAUACUGUGGUUAACUCAUAUGUCUGUGAAAUUACAUAUUUGGUAACUUGUUUGUUAGGUUCCGAAUGGUACAGAAGCAGACUUUGCAAAGAAGGCUCUCUUCAGUAGACAUCCUGAAAUGGCUACGUGGCCAUCUGGUCAUAACUGGUUUUUUGCUAAACUAAACAUCACCAACAUCUGGGUCCUGGACUACUUUGGUGGAAUCAAAACUGUGACUCCUCAAGAAUAUUUUAAAGCUACACCAUAGUAAGUAUUCAAGUUACAUUGCUUGGGAAAUCUUGUUUUUCAGCAUCUGAUUUCUUUAUUCCACAAUACUCCUUAAGUGAUCCUGAAAGCCAUAGGAUUUGAAGUGGUCACUUAUUUUUAUAUAUAUUUGAGAGAGACCAAGGAAGCAGAGGGCUAACAGCAGAUCUUUAAGGACCCCAACAAUUUGAAGGAAGGCAGCAGAAGAGCUCCUAUGGAAAUGCUGAAAUACCUUUUAGGUUGUAAAAGAGACAUCAAAGGACAGAACCAGAGAGAACUAGGGUAUCAAGGGCAUCAAAGAAGAGCACAGCUAUAUAUCUCUCACUGAAAUAAAUGGGACUUCAAAAGCUGAACCUUGGUUGCUUUAAAAUGCUAUCCAAAAGUUAUGUUGGUUUUUCAUCUAGUCCGGUAGUGUCUAUUCUGAUGGCCAGCAGCAAUGUAGGGUCUCAGGCAAAUAUCUCUUCUAGUCUUUCAGAGAGUGGUCCCUUUUAAUUUGAGAUGCAAUAAGUGAAACUUAAGACUGUCCAUAUAAAGCAUGUACUCUACCACUGAGCUAUGGAAUAUCCUCUGUACAGCAGGGCCUUGCAAGAGAAAGUACCAAGACAUUAAGACUGACUACAUACCAUUUUAAUUUAUUUUUAUUUUUAUUUUUUCUUCUCUGUAGGCAAGGAAGAUGCUUGAAUGAAACAUUGUCUGCUUUUUCACUGGUCACUUUUGUAACAAGAAACCAUCCAAAAACUGAGAUAAUCUUGUAGAAACUCAAAACUGCACAUUCCUUUGGAAUUCUAAGGGAUUGCUUACGGCAGUUGAGUGCAAAAAGUAUGGAUUCCUUGCAAAGGAAAUCUUGAAUUCUGUGCACAAAAUUAUUUAGAGUAUGCAAAUCUGCAUACUAUGCAUAAUUGAUUCUGCUUUUGGGACUUUGAUUUUUAAAGAAGCUAUUUUUCAACAAGCUUAUUUAGAGAAAAAUACAAUUGGAGGUACAUCUCUGAAAUGGAGAAAAGAGAAAAGUGCAGUGGAGAAAAUUUGUUGUUGAAGAAACAUCCUGAAAUAUUCAGCUAUAUUCUGGACUUGAUCCACAGAUUCAUGUGUAGCAUCAUUCGCUGGGUGAUUUAUGCUGUCAGCUGACCAUAUUGAUAAGGGAUAUGCCUGCAGCCCUAAUUCAGCUAGGGUCAGUUUAUGCAUAUGUGUGACUACAAUUCCAAGGCAAUAUAUAUUGGCAAGUGAAGUAUCAAACUUGAUGUGUCUAGUAGUUCAGUGAAACUGCCCCAGUUAUGUAGAAAGGGGGUGUCAUUGAUUUUAGCAGUAGAGCAGAGCACAUGAGUGUGGGCAUUAAACCAUCUUUCCAUCCACAGCUUACCUCCCUGCAGCAUCUCUCUCUGAGUGCUUGUAGCUUAGCAGAGUUUGCUUGUAGUAUUGGGGCUUAACUGAGAGGUAAAGCUACUAGGGUACAGACUGCAGGGUGGUAGGCCUUGGCUAGGCAAAGUGUCCUAUGAUUCUCAGCCAUGUGGCCCUUUGCUGUUAAAAUUGGACCCUACCCAGACCUUUCUUCUUACGCAAUUUGGGACAGUUCUGUGUUUAAGCCCAUAGCGAUGUUACCACUAUAUCUUAUUUGACCUGAUACCAUAUGACAGAACUACACGCUUAGCUAUAUUCACCUCUGUGCCUUAUUUACUGCUUGUGCCAAAAAACUCUGAAGGCUUCAAUUGAACUUAACAUAAUGUCAGUUCCAUUAUGGACCAUCGUUUUUAAAAUCAACUAAAUUGUAGUCCUUGAUUAUAGAGUUUGAAACCAGGUGCUGAAGUAUUCUGUAAACCCAUUGUUAAAGAAAAAUAUGAUUCUUCCCAGGGCCACAAGAUUGAUUGUUAACAGUCUUUAAUUAUGAGAUUUUUUUAUGAGAGUACCACACAGAAUGCAUUGAUCAUAUGAAACCCUGUUGUCUUACCACAGAGCAGAAAAAGAAUUCUAAUAUAUAAUGUGGAGCCAUGUUCCCAUACCUGGUGCCCUCCAGAUGUUGCUGGACUACAAUUCUAUCCCUGACCAGCUGGCUGGGGCUGAUGGGAGUUGGAUUCCAACAAUAUCUAGAGGGCUGCGGGUUAGUCACCCCUGGGGAAGGCUGAUGUUGAAGGCAUGCUGCUGUCUCUCUUGAUGAAUAUUGCUUGUUUUGUGUUGAAAAGUGUUCUGUCAUAGCGGAUACAUGCUUGAAAUCUGAGGAGACCAAGCUGACAUGACAGAAGAGAAGUGCAAAACCCACAAAGGGUAGUGUGAAUCCUGCCAAGGACUUGUCACUUUCAAGGCAUCAAAUGUCUUUGAUCACAAUCUUUUCUUCAUCCACAAUUGUUAAGGUUUUUGAAAUUUUUGGUGGCUGUUCUUGCUGUGUUGCUGUCAGGUUAACUAAACAAGUUAGGCCUUAGUCAUCAACAUGUUUCCUUGGAAGUAAUCUUCACUUAUUUGUAGAAAUAACGUUUCCUACCUCUGAUGUGGCUACAAAUGGCUUGCAUAUUUUUAUCUUGAGAAAUUACAUAAUUGUGUUGCACAUGGAAGUUCUAGCUUCCAUAAUAAAUCCAUAGUUAAACAGUAUGGAAAUAAAAAUAUAUUCUUGGAAAUGAAGUUGAUCUGUUUCUUAUUAAGUGUUGUAUUUCAUAUUUGGCGGGGAAAAGAGGAAAAUUUCUAAUAGUGUAAAUUGUCUGAAAGUGUGUAAAAUGUGUGAGUUAAAACUUACAGCAUAUUUUCCAGAUCAGAUUUUCUGAUGCCUGCCAUGAUUUUUAAAGAAAGACAUAGAUUUUAUUGUGAAACUUAAAUCUGAUAACUAAUAUAUAAUCUGGUGUUUUUCCUCAGUGUGUGCUUCUAGUUUGCAACAUUUCUUUUUUGCUUUUGUACUAAUUGGGUAAGUCAUUUCAGGAGAGUCUGAUUUGGCUUAAGCAGUAUGACUUAAUGCUUCCCUCAUUUAUACUGACUACAACCUAGGUUUCAUAUUCAUAAAGGUAAAGUGGCAAGUGUUGGGAAAAGAUCCCCUGAUAGAUAAACCAUUUAAACUAGAGGAUAAUAUUUCUGGGAGCUGCCAGUGGGAGCAGUCAGCUGCAGUCAGAAGUAACGAUGCCAGCCUAAGAACAUGAAAAGAGUCUACUGGAUCAGGCCAAUGGCCCAUCUUGUCCAGCAUCCUGUUCUCACAGUGGCCAACUAGAUGCCUAUGAGAAGCAGAUUAUUCGCAAUAAGCAAAUGCUGCACUUUGAGGCAGCUCACUUGCCUGAUCUCUCCCAAUCUAAACACUGUAUGGAGUGUGUGUGGGGGGGGGGGAAGAAGAAAGGUCUCAAUAUUGCAGGGGUUUUGUGGAAGCCCAAAUUGACUUUUUGCUUUGCACAGACACAUACUGGAUGAGCCAGCCAGAGUUUCCUACUCCUGUAUUGGUGUUCCCAACUGCAGCAUGUUACCUUUCCCCUAAAGUGAGAAUGGCCUGCUCAGGAAUCUUACUGUGAUUUGUGCUAAAAGCUGCACUCUGCUCCCAGUGACCUUGCUAGGGCAAGCGGAAGGACGAUUGUUUUGCUCCCCCCCCCCCCGCUUCCCUUGCCUUUAAGUACCUAAUUACGUUGCCAUUCUGGUUUGGAUUUUCUGCUGUGACAAAGGUUACACAACUGUGUCACAAACACAAUCAGUUCUCAUUGACAACAUUAUUUUGUGUCUGCUUCUGUUCUUGAUUUGAGGCAAGGAAGAAUCUAAAGGAAAUGAAGAAAAGGGAUUCUUCACGAAAGGCAGUGGAGUUUCCCAGCAGAAAGCUGGGUAUUAUUCAUAAUUGUCAUAUCAGUGUUGAACAGAAGAGGGUGCCAUACACUGUUAGAUUAUUUUGUUUGAUCAAUGAAGUUUUACAGCCUUUACUUUAAAAUAGGUUCACUUUUAAAUGGAAUCUAAAAGUGGCACAGAUUUUCAGUGAGAACAGAAGGAAUCUGGGGUGCUGGUGGCCUCUUACAUUAAACCUCACUCACUUUUGAUUUUUCAUUUCUUUGACAGUAUAAUCUUUUAUUGGAAUCCAAUGGACCCCUCUAAAGUCCUUGCUGGGAAUAACGUUGAUGAUUUGAUUCUCAUUAUGACCUCAGUUUAACAUAAAAAUAUAUCUUUAUUGGUACUGCAUUCCAAAAGCAGUCCAGCACUGUAAGGGAAGGGCUGUAGCUCAGUGAGAGAAUCUGCUUUGCAUGCAGAAGGUUUCAGGUUCAGUCUCCAGCAUCUCCAGACAGAGCUGGAAGAGACUCCUAUCUGGAACCCUGGAGAGCUGCUGUCAGCCCAUGUGAACAAUACUGAUCUAGAUGAACCAGUGGUCUGGCUCUGGAUAAAAGUAGCUUACUACAUUCCUUGGAUCCCACAGUAGUGCUGUUCAGAUGUUCAAAGAACACAAGGAGGCAUAAUAUGUGUAAAGGGUGUGUCCUACUCACUGCAUUGAGUGGGAAGAUCUGAGGGUGGGAUCCCAAGUGUGCUCAGUUGAAGUUUCUGCUUAAAAGUCCCUAAAAUAUCAGAAGACCACUUCAAGUAACUCAGAGCAGAGCUUUCAGUGCACUUGUCUCUGCUCCAUGAAACAGCAUCCCUGCUGAGAUAUGACAGGUGCCCUCUUUCUGUACAAUUGAAGCACUUGCGACCAGCUUUUCCAUCUGGAUGAAAAGGUCUACCUUAAGUGUUCAUUUUGCAUUGCUUUUAGAGCUCUCAUCAGUUGGUUUUGUGUAUUGUUUUAAAAAUUAUUUUAGGUGCUUUUAUGGUGUGUAUGUAAAUUGCUUUGAGGCAUAUGUAAAAGGGAAUUAAAAAAUAAUUUUUCUGUGAUUAGUAACCAUGAUAAUAAAGGGUUCCUGAUUGCAAAGUGU